CCACGGGACUCGUUUCCUGGUCCUUCCCCCUAUUACCUGUCUCCUAUAUCUACCCAGGUAACCAUCCCGUGUCAGACAGAAGCAGCAGCACCACAGAAGGGUGAACAUCACAAACAUCACUUCACAAGGGACUAUAAGGCUUUAAUAUUUAGGUUAUAUUCACCUUUUCGCAGUUGUAUGUGAAGUGCCUUCAAAGUUUGGGACACUUGAUUAUUAUCCAAAAUGUGGAAAUUUAUUAUCCUUUUAGGUAUAACGAUUGGCGGUGCCAUAGCGCAAGGUCAACAAGGACAACAGGGGUCACAGUUCAAUUCUCCAUGUCUGCAGACUUUUGAUCAAAUGUUCCGGAAGUGCUUCAUGGAUAAUGGAAACUUUAAAUUGGAGGUCAUCUUUUCAUUGGUUACUAACGGUUCCAGUGGUCCCCUUCCGCAAGGCACAAGUAGACCCCAACUUAUGCAAACAGUCUGCGGAAAUAGAGAGAAAAUUGACGCGUGCGUGAAACCAAUUAUGCAGAACAUUCAAGUUCAGUGCAGUGACCGUGAAAAGAUGAUGAUGGACUCCACCAUCCAGUCCACUGGGAGAGCCAUCGCCGUCAUGUGUGGGGUCACACCUGAAAUGCCACCAUGCUUGAAAAAGUUCGAUGACAAAUUCAAGUCCUGCAUGACGCAGCAGAAUGUCAAUCAAGAGAACUACUUUAAACUUCUGGCCAAUCAGACGGAAGGAACCGGGAUGACAUUUCCUCAGCUCAGAGACAGUACCUGCAACAAACCAACACAACAGGUUAUUGUUGGGUGUGCAUCAGGUGGUUUACAGUCAUUGGCUAACGAAUGUACAAAGCAAGAACAAUUCAUGGUCGGUCAAACUCUUCAAAACAUGAUGGCUUCCUACCAAGCAGUGUGCACUGGUCAACCACUCGUAGGACCAGGACGUGCUCCAAGUCCCUGUCUCAUGAAGUUUGAAAAAGAGAUGAAUCAGUGUUCCAUUGACAACAUGGGUGCUCCUCUCAAUGACAUUAUGAUUCUGCUGACGAGAGGACAGGUGCCUGAAGGACAAGACAUGAAAACUCUCAACAAAACAAUUUGCGACAACUUCCACAAUUUUGAGGAAUGUGGAAAAAAGGUAGUAAUUGAGAAUCAAUGUAAAGGAAAAGAUCUUCUGAUAUCCGAGGGAACAUUUGCGAAUGUCAUCAUCACUGUCGGAGCCUAUUGCCACGAUACUACUGUUCCUGGAGCCUGUAUGCUCACCCUACAGCAACAGUUCACUAAAUGUUUCUCUAAGGUCGGCCUGGACCCCGCUGUGUACUUCUCCAAUAUCACAGCACACAAAGGAGCCAUUCUGGGAACCAACGAAGCCUCAGCCACCAAAUACUGCAGCAAAAGGACAGAACUGUACACUUGCAUGAAGAAAGUGAUGCACCAGUGUCCCGGGGCUGAACAGACAAUGUCAAUGACGGGAUUUGAUCUCGUGUCCAUGGAGCGGGCUGUUGGUAUUCUUUGUGACGACAUCCCCGAGUACCUUGCCGGAAUUAAUUGUUUUGAGAAGCCCAGUGACAAGGCCCGAGUUUGUAUCGCUAACAUGGGACGAGAUAUCACUCAGAUGUCCGCUAAACAAAUGGCCAAAGGAAUCACUCUUGACGGAUUCUUGAACGACUUCUGCAAAAUCCGUGUAGAUCAUGUGACUUGUGAUUCGCAAGCUUGGCCAACCUGUGACCCCAAAGCCAUUGCCCUGAAAACUAAGUUCGAGUGCCAUUUGUUACCGGUUAGAUGCCAUGAUGUCAAUGAGGACGAAAUCUCAAAAGUUUGUCCAGCAGAUGCCCGUCUUAAGCCAAAUACCUGCGUUGAUGACGUCAAAAUUAACAUCGGAAACUGUCUGGCCCCAUACAACAUUGAUCCAGAAACAUUUAUUGUCAACGUAACGCACGAUCGCAGUAGUAUGCUCGGAGGCCGAUCGCAAGCACAGAGAUUUUGCCAGAACAGGAAGUCCGUUUUUAAAUGCCUUCGGGACACCCUUGACGGUUGCCCUGGAGCUUCCGAACUGCUGGCCUACUGGGGUCACCAACAGGAUCUGCUAGAGGACGCACUAGAUCUACUGUGCCAAAAUAUGAAUGGAUACGAACAGCUUUCUACCUGCGCUAUUGGUUCAACUGCUAAAAUUGAUCAGUGCAAGAAGAACGCCGAAAUGAAAAUGGGAGAUUUAACAAGAAUGAAUCCAAACAACCAGAUGUCGUCUGCAUAUUUCGCACAGUUUUGCAGUGUUCGAAUGGAACAACUGCAAUGUGACCUUGAUGCCGUCCGAGACACUUGUGACGCGGUCUCUGUUGGUCUGAAGACCGAGUUUGAGUGUAACCUUAUCCAAGACAGGUGCCAAGGAUUGAAACGAUCAGCAUUCAAGAAAAUCUGUAAUGUUAACAACUACGCACGCUCCAACCGCCGAGGAAAUUCUGGUGGUUCACAACAGAAUUCAGGAAAUACAAAUAACAUAGCUAAUACUAAAGGUGGACAACAGGGAAAUAAUAGUGCUAGUGGAGUUUUUAGUUUCUCAGCUGUUGUACUUACCAUUGGACUUUCCCUACUUACAUUCUUUUAAGUCAGAUUUCAAUUAAAUACCAUUCAUUAUACCAUAUUCAGCCAUGAUGAGACGUCAAGUCUCUGAUUUUGCCUUUAAUUUCUGGCUGUUACUGAAUUAGGUAUCAAUGGAUAUAAGUCGGGGGUAAAUACUAAUUAAUGAAUAGCUUUCAAACAAAGCAGAAAAGCAAAAUUAGAAGAAAAAAAUUCUGAUGACGUCAUACAGACCGAGGAAUUGUCUAAGGGAGGAAAAAUGUCUCAUAUAUUGUAAAAACGUACAUUUUUAUGCGUAAAAUUGUGUUUACUUUGAAAAUGUGAUGAUGCAAAUCCUUUAUAAGUAAAGCUACAAAAAUGUAGAAUGGACCAAUGUCCCACCGAAGAAAUUAAUUUGUAUUUUUAUUGUGAUAUCCUGGGUUAUGUCUCUGUGAGUCCACUUUCUGUGUUUGAAUGUUUCUUGAUGUGUGAGUGUAUUUUGUAAUUUAUAAGUGUGCGAGUCUUGAAUGUACAAGAAUUUAUUUAUAUGUUGUGAAAACAAAAUGAGCGCUCAUUUUGAUAUUGUUGAUUUUAUAAUAAAACAUACCUUUAAAAUA